CUCUCUCGAGCAGGUGUUUCACGCUCACUCUUCGAUUAAUUUGAAAUAAAAGAGAGGAGAGAUAUUGAAAAUUGAGCAGUCAUGAUUGUGACUAUUUUGGAAUCUCUACGUUAUAUUUCAGAUUUAUCUUAUGUACAUAAGCUAUUAUAUUAAAAUGAGCUCCAAAAGGAAUUUAAAGUCAGUUAACAAUUUACGUAUUACAUUGCCAAGUUCAGUUGCAAUGCUGGAAGUUAACGGCAAUACGGACUCUUCAAUUGAGGAGGUAGAUAAUGAUACGUUAAAAAAAGCGAGUACUCACACAGACUCAGAGGAGAAAGUCGUUGGUGAAAAAACUGUGACAAGUGAAACUUCGGGGCAUAAAAAGGAAUUUGUUCAACGGAAAUCUGAGGGCAGACUAGCGAAUAUUAUUAAUGAUAUAGCAUUUUCACAGUCCCUUGUGCAGCUGCUUAGGGACCCAACGGUGUUUAACUUUUCUAGACUCCGGUCUAAGCUCAAAUCGGACGACAGGCGAUGGAUGAGGGGAUUUCUAAAACUUGGAGGGUUGGAAAUGUUAUUUGAGGGCCUACGAUCGUUUGGGAGUUAUUCGGGAACAUUUUCAAAUUUGGUACAAAGGUUAGAGUGUGUCAUGUGUAUAAAAACUGUUAUGAACUCUCAAUUAGGAAUGCAGACUAUCACUACAUCAACUAAGUUUGGAGAGAAGUUCGGUGCAGGUAAAGAUUCAAUUCAUUUAACGCAGUGUCUUCGAGAUUAAUAAUCUGUUAAAAUUAAAAUCCUUGAGGCAAAGGCAGAAACGUUUAUAUAGGGUUUAAGCUUGUCUCUCAUCGAAGUUAAAAUCAUACUGUUUGUGGGUAAAUAUAGAAAACGCAGUCUUUAUUCUAGGCCGUCACUGCUAUAGGGUUGAUUGUUUAAGUUUUACUUUAAAGGUUCUACAUGCCACCUCUUAACAUUUUAAAGGUUACCAUCUACAUCAGUUGAUUUUUGCGAGGCUACAUACGAGUCGUUAAAUACAGGUGUUUCUUCAGUUAAUUCAGUUUCAGUAUCUUCCAUGUGUAUUGAAAUAAAUAUUUUCUGGCAUGGAUAUUAAAAGUAAUGAUGUUAGAGCAAUAUGUACUCUUACGACAUCCAGGUCGCUGGUUCUACCCAGAUGCCCGCCUAUACUUGAAAGAAUGCCUAGACGGGGAACAAGGGUCUUUCUUCCACCAUGAAAAGCUGUAAAGCCGCCAUAUGACCCCAUCUUGUCGGUGUGACGUUAAAUCCAACAAAAGAAAAUACUCUAAGGAAAACUCGACACCAUUAAGCUAUGACAAAACGUGUUCUUUCUCUCAUAAAAAAUACUUCAGUUUUACAGUACAGGUAUGUUCAGGGUACUUUAUAAGGAAAUUCGUAAAUCAGAAGAAAUUUAUCAUUAAAAGUAAUUUCUGACCAUAAUUGACACAAUUUUUUCUAUUUAGCCAUGCCUGUAAACUUCAAACCACACGUGAAAACCGUGUUCACUCUGUAAAUAAUAUUUUGAUCUUAGACUAAAACAUUUCAGUUUCGUCAAUUACUUUCCCCAAGUUCAGCUAUAAUCUCUAGGGUAAAAUAGGCUGUCACGCUAAUAAAAUUAUUCCUAUCUAUAAAGUAACUGACAAGUCACUACCUUGGCUGCGCUUUUACCCUGCUUGCUUUUACACGAUAUUUACAAGUCGAGAACCAGUCAAAACUGCCACGGAACAGCUAGUAGAGUUCAGCUCUUUUGCGGGGAAGGUAUGAUAAUGUAGUUAAUAGAGUUUGCUAUGCAUAAGUCACCGUCUUAUUAAUUAUUUGCUAAUCUCUCAUUGACAUGAAUAAAUUAUGGACAUGAACAGGCAGAAAAAUACCUUGGUUUACACUAUAUCCUUAUGACUGUGGUUAAAAAAAGCAUUACAAAGGCCAUAAGACUGAUUUUUUUUUUCAAUGACAAUAUACAAAAGUAGUCUGUUAUAGUUCGAUUCAUCAUCAAGCAAGAAGUAUCUUUAAAAAGAUACACGGCCACAUCAGUCAAUGCACACUUAAAGCUACGA